AUGGCCCAGCGACAAGUUCCAUUGCACGUCACGCAGCCGACGCUGCUUACGAACCUCAAUAUCCUCCCGGCAUCGAUAUCAUGGCAAAACUGUACGCUCGAGUCGGACAAGUACGUUUGCGUGCGCCAGGUCAACAACGAAGCCAACGCGCCCGCCGAGACCGUCAUCAUCGACCUCAAGAAUACCAACAAUGUAAUUCGGAGACCGAUCCGUGCUGACAGUGCCAUUAUGCACUUGACCGAGCCCAUCAUCGCUCUCAAGGCACAAGGCCGAACACUGCAACUGUUCAAUCUCGAGACCAAGGAGCGCCUACAGACAUAUAGCCACCAAGAGGAUAUCCAAUUCUGGAGGUGGAUCAGCCAGACGACACUUGCACUUGUUAGCACCAAGGCCGUAUACCAUUGGGACGUACUCGACUCCAAGAACGCUGUUGCGCCGCGCAAGAUCUUUGACCGUCAGGAACAGCUUGAGAACAACCAAAUCAUCAACUACGUUACCAACGAUGAUGAGAGCUGGUCUUGCCUAGUGGGCAUCACGUCGAACCCUGCCGGUGGUAUUCGGGGCAACAUGCAGCUCUUCUCCAAGGCGAGGAACGUCAGCCAGCCCCUUGAGGGCCAUGCAGCCACAUUCGGUACCCUUCGUCUCGACGGCGCAUCGACCGAUACCAAGAUCUUUGCCUUUGCUGUCAAGUCGUCUACGGGCGAGGCCAAGAUCAACAUUGUCGAAGUCGACCACAACGCCGCGAACCCAGCUUUCCCGAAGCGACUCAUUCCGAUCCAUUGGCCUGCUGAGGGUACUGGUGACUUUCCGCUCGGCAUCCACAUUGCUCACAAGUACGGCAUUUUAAUCGUAAUCACAAAGUUCGGCUUCAUUCACCUCCACGAUCUCGAGACUGGUACGGCCUUGUUCCUGAACAGAAUAUCCGAGGAGACAGUCUUCACAACGGCGCGCGAUGACGAAGGCACUGGUGUAGUCGUCAUCAACAAGCGUGGACAGGUACUUCACACAACCAUCCGCGAAGACACCUUGAUCCCGUACAUUAUGGAGAAUCCGGCAUGCGCAGAGAUCGCGUACAAGCUCGCUUCGAAGGGUGGACUGCCCGGUGCCGACCAACUUUACUCGCAGCGAUUUGAGACGCUCAUGACACAGGGAAACUUUUCGGAAGCAGCAAAGGUUGCCGCCAACUCUCCUCGAGGCUUUCUGCGCACCAUGAACACGAUCAACCGACUGCGACAAGUCCCUAACCAGCCCGGCCAAAUAACUGUACUUUUGCAAUAUUUUGGUCAGCUGUUGGACAAGGGUGGAUUGAACAAGGAAGAGACCUUGGAGCUGGCCCGACCCGUCUUUGCACAGGGCCGUAAGCACCUUAUCGAGAAGUGGCAGAAGGAAGGCAAGCUUCACUGCUCUGAGGAGCUUGGUGAUCUGGCUAAGCCCCACGACCUGAACCUGGCUCUAGCCAUUUACAAGGAAGCAAACGUAUCUCAGAAGGUUGUCGCAGCACUCGCAGAACUUGGCCACUACGACCUCAUCCUCCAGUACUGCAACGGCGUCGGCUACACCCCCGAUUACAAUGUCCUGCUCCAGCAUGUCGUGAGAAUUUCACCUGAUAAGGGUACUGAGUUUGCUUCUCAACUGGCGAAGAACGAAGGCGGACCGCUCAUCAGCAUUGACCGCGUUGUCGACAUCUUCCAAUCUCAAGGCAUGAUCCAGCAGGCGACGGCUUUUCUUCUCGACGUUCUCUCCAACGAUCUACCCGAGGAGGGCCCUAUGCAGACCAAGUUACUCGAAAUGAACUUGCUAAACGCCCCCCAAGUUGCGGAUGCUAUCCUAGGCAACGAAAUGUUCCACCACUACGAUAAGAUGCGCAUCGCCCAACUCUGUGAGAACGCUGGGCUGCUCACACGUGCACUGGAACACAACGACGACCCGGCUGCCAUUAAGCGCAUCAUUGUUCAAACCGACAAGCUUCCAGAAGAGUGGCUGAUCAAUUACUUUGGCCAGCUUACUGUAGAGCUUUCGCUCGAAUCGUUGGAUGCCAUGCUUACUACCAACAUCCGACAGAAUCUGCAAGCUGUAAUCCGCAUUGCGCAAAAGUAUUCAGACUUGCUAGGCGCUACCCGAAUUAUCGAUCUACUAGAGAAGCACCGAACUGCUGAGGGACUGUACUUCUUCCUGGGUUCCAUCGUCAAUGUAAGCGAGGAUCCAGACGUACACUUCAAGUACAUCGAGGCUGCGACUACCAUGGGCCAACUCAACGAGGUUGAGCGCAUCUGCCGUGAGAGCAACUAUCUCAAUGGUGAAAAGGUCAAGAACUUCUUGAAAGAGGCCAACCUCACAGAACAGCUACCCCUCAUCAUCAUCUGUGAUCGGUUUAACUUUGUGCAUGAUCUAGUGCUCCACCUUUACAAGAAGCAGCAGUUCAAGUCCAUCGAAGUCUACGUUCAACGUGUCAACCCCGCCAGGACCCCUGCUGUCAUCGGUGGUCUCCUCGACGUUGACUGUGACGAAAGCAUCAUCAAGGGCCUCCUGGCUUCGGUAACGCCAUCCUCCAUCCCUAUCGAUGAACUGGUUGCAGAGGUCGAAUCGCGAAACCGCCUCAAAAUGCUUCUGCCAUUCCUCGAGCAGACGUUGGCGAGCGGCAACCAGCAACAGGCCGUAUUCAACGCCUUGGCCAAGAUUUACAUCGAUAGCAACAACAACCCGGAGAAGUUCCUCAAAGAGAAUGACCAAUACGACACUCUGGUUGUAGGAAAAUACUGUGAGAAGCGAGACCCCAAUCUCGCAGCUUUAUGUUACUCCAAAGGAAUGAACGAUCUUGAGCUGGUCAACAUCACAAACGAGAAUGCGAUGUUCAAGAUCCAGGCUCGCUAUCUUCUGGAGCGUGCUGAUUCCGAGAUCUGGGAUUACGUGUUGAGUCCAAACAACAUCCACCGUCGAUCUCUAGUUGAUCAGGUCACUUCGUCAGCAGUUCCUUCGUCCACUGACCCGGACAAAGUUUCUGUGGCUGUCAAGGCAUUCAUCACUGGUGACAUGCCCGCAGAACUGAUCGACUUGCUGGAGAAGAUUAUACUGGAGCCAUCCACUUUCAGCGACAACCCAUCACUUCAAAACUUGCUAAUGCUUACUGCAUGCAAGUCUGACCGUGGCAGGGUCAUGGGUUACAUCCAGCAGCUUGACCAAUACACCCCCGAGGAUAUUGCCCAGCAAUGCAUUGAAGUUGGAAUGUACGACGAGGCUUUUGAGAUCUUCAAGAAGCAUGAGAAUCAUGUGGAAGCUGUCAAUGUCCUGAUCGAUCACAUUGUGUCCAUUGACAGGGCCCAAGAAUUUGCAGACAGGGUCGACAAACCAGAAGUAUGGAGCAGAGUUGCAAAGGCACAGUUGGACGGCCUGCGUGUUACCGACUCUAUUGAGUCUUACAUUCGCGCUGGAGAUGCCUCCAACUUCCUGGAAGUUAUCGAAAUUGCGACCCACGCUGGCAAAGACGAGGACCUCAUCAAGUUCUUAAGGAUGGCGCGAAAGACACUCCGGGAGGUCCCCAUCGAUACAGCUUUAGCUUUUUGCUUCGCUCGUACAAACCAGCUAUCUGAGCUCGAGGACUUUUUGCGCGCUACCAAUGUUGCCGAUGUUGAGGCUUCGGGUGACAAGGCUUACGAAGAGGGCUACCACGAGGCGGCCAAGAUUUUCUACACAAGCAUUUCCAACUGGGCUAAGCUUGCUACAACCCUUGUCCACCUUGACGACUACCAGGCUGCCGUUGAAUGUGCGAGGAAGGCCUCGAGCGUCAAGGUUUGGCGUCAAGUCAACGAAGCCUGUGUUGCAAAGAAGGAAUUCCGCCUUGCCCAGAUUUGCGGUCUCAAUCUCAUUGUUCAUGCUGAAGAGCUUGCCGAUCUCGUUAAGCAGUAUGAGCGCAAUGGCUACUUCGAUGAGCUCAUCAGUGUCCUUGAAGCAGGUCUUGGGUUGGAACGAGCGCAUAUGGGGAUGUUUACCGAAUUGGGCAAUGCGCUGGCCAAGUACCACCCGGAACGUGUUAUGGAGCACCUUCGAUUGUUUUGGAGCAGAAUCAACAUCCCCAAGAUGAUUCGCUCUUGUGAGGAAGCCCAUCUUUGGCCAGAGCUAAUCUUUCUCUACGUACACUACGAUGAGUGGGAUAACGCCGCGUUGGGGAUGAUGGAGCGUGCUGCAGAUGCUUGGGAACAUCAGGCUUUCAAGGACACCAUCACAAAGGCCACCAACGUCGAGAUCUACUACCGGGCCUUGGGAUUCUACCUUGAGGAGCAGCCGACUCUCUUGACUGAUCUCCUACAAGCACUCACUCCUCGGAUCGACGUCAACCGCGUGGUUCGCAUGUUCGUCAAAUCUGACAACAUCCCUCUUAUAAAGCCCUUCCUUCUGAACGUCCAAUCACAGAACAAGCGCGAGGUGAACAACGCUCUCAACGACCUUUUGAUUGAAGAGGAGGACUACAAGACACUCCGCGACUCAGUCAACAACUACGACAACUACGACCCAGUCGAGCUUGCCCAGCGCCUAGAGAAGCACGACCUUGUAUUCUUCCGUCAGAUUGCUGCCGACAUCUACCGCAAGAACAAGCGCUGGGAGAAGUCCAUCACGCUUUCCAAACAGGACAAGCUGUUCAAGGAUGCCAUCGAGACUUCGGCCAUGUCAGGCAAGCCCGAUGUUGUUGAGGAUCUGCUCCGCUACUUUGUCGAUAUUGGCAGCCGCGAAUGCUACGUCGGUAUGCUGUAUGCCUGCUACGAUCUCCUUCGGCCUGACGUCAUUCUCGAGAUGUCAUGGCGCAAUGGCCUUCACGAUUUCACAAUGCCGUACAUGAUCAAUCUCAUCUCCCAGCAGACAGCUGCGAUUGAGUUGCUGAAAAAGGACAAUGAGGAGCGCAAGGUUCGCGAAGCUUCGCAGCAGAAGAAGGAGGAAGACACUCCGAUCUUGGGCUCGCGUCUCAUGCUCACGCAGGGUCCGAUCGCUUCGGCACCUUCCCCAGGUCCCUACGGACAGGCUAACGGUAUUGCCCCACAGCCCACUGGAAGCUUCAGGGCUUUCUAAGUUUGGGUAGUCGUAGCAUGGGAUGGCUGCAGUGAAAAGUGGAGCGGGUUUGGUAUCUCUUCAACCUACAUAUUUGAUGCUUGGUGGAGCGAAAAAGCGAGGGGUGCAUAAAUCUUGGGUAGUGUGGGACCAUGUACUCUAUAGGCGUUACAGGUGAAGCGUGAGUCUGGAUGCUUCGAUGAAGAACGUGUCCAGCUUUGUACGCUAGUUAAUGACUUGACUUGACUAUCA